AUUUCUAACCAUCAACCGAUUAACAAUUUAUCGCCGCAGCGUUGGCGCAGCUGGUUGCUAAGUUGGGAAAUAAUGAGGCAUCGAUUCGCAGACCUGCAGGCCCGAUCAAUAGAGAGAACAGUCCAGGAACAACCUGAGCCAGGUGUCAAGGCUUUAUGGCGCUUGUCCUGCUCGGAACUCUGCGAGCCCUGGAAAUGCCCGCGAACGAGCCCACGGCGAAAUGGAGCGUUCCUCUGAACGAUGGAAAUCAUGUAAUCGAAUUCGAACAUGGCACUGCAACUGGACGUCGGGUUGUUAAAGUGGAUGGAAAAACGCUGGUGCAUCGGGAUUGGAUGUUUCGAUUGGUGGGCGACGAAGUUGUCAUGUUUGGCGACACGAGAUUCGUCAUCAGGGUGGAUCCGAUUCCAGGCCUGAAAUAUUCCUACACUUUGUGGGUCAACGGGAAGAGCUUUAACAAUUUCGUCCAGUCGCAGUCGAAGAUCUUGGAGUCGUGGCUGACCAACAUCGGGGGAAAUCAAUAUCGAAUUGUCCUAGAUAAGAGCAAGCAAUCGGUCUGGGUUAAUGGGGAGCAAAUCGAGGUGGAGAACGAGUUCGUGGAUGGAGGAGCAGAUAUGAUGUUUUCGUUGGAAGGACUUCCUGUUGUCAUCAGGUCAUCGAGUAGUGGAAGAAAGGACAUCGGCAUCAAGUACACUUUGUACGUGAACGGGGUUCAAGCCGAAGAAAGGGACUCCUUAGACGAAGACACAUAAAUCUCCAUUUUCUUUCGCUAAAAUUAAACCUUAAGAAUAGGGAUUUUUAUUCUCACUAUCAGUCUAAUCAACGAUUAAGGUGAACUGAAACCCCCCUCAAAUCAGUCGAUUCGAUUAAGACACUCAUUUUUGAAGGUGUAAAAACCAACGUCGGCAACGUAAAUAUUUAGAAAAACCUUUUUUACUGACGUCGAUCAAGUUCCUCGACGUGUUUCACAUCACCUUAAGUUUGUUAGACAACUUUUCGAGGAACGAAGGAACGACGUUAACUUUGGCGCUCUGAAGGUAUCGAUUUAACAAUACGUCUCGAGGGAGGAAAACCUUCGGAGUUCCUGUCAUGGAAUAUCUCCAGUCUCGGUAAAUCGCCAUGGAGGCAGAAAUCUUUCGGGGGACUAGUUUUUAUUAAUAAUUUUAAUUUAUACAUGACUUAGAAAUGUCGAUACGUCGCGGAAGUGUGGCGAGCGUGGGAUCGCGUCUGACGCUCUUAGGUUUACAAGAAGAGGAACCGCGUUACGAUGGUUUGUAAAUAA